CUUCACUCCGUCGACGAUUAUAACAUGGACGCCGAAGAGCUAGCACGCGCCGCCAAGGAGGUAGUAUUCGACGCCCGGCGCAAAGACGAGCUCCACAAACUGACGCCGCGUCUCAUCCGGCAGCGGCUCGAGACGCAGUUUGGGCUGGCAGAGGGAACGUUGGAGGGGUCAGAGUACAAAAAGGCGCUCAAGGCGGUCAUUGGCGAAGCAACGUCAGCACCAAUACCCCCACUCAGCAAGCCAGUCUCUGAAUCAAAGAAACGCAAGACUCCGGACGGCGACGACGCGGAGGCAGAGGAGGUGAAGAAGGAUAAGGAACCUGCCAAACCGCGUAAACGGCCAAGCACGAGCAAGAAAGUGGUAGAAUCAGACGGUGACAGUGACGAGUCUGACGCGCCGAAACCGCGUAAACGGCAGAAAACGACCAAGAAACCCGCGGUCGCGUCCGACGACUCUGAUGAGGAAAAGCCUAAUAACAAAUCCAAAUCCAAACCGAAACCGAAGGAACCUAAAUCGCGUAGUAGCGCCAAAAGCGCGCCAAAGAAAGCGUUCAAAUCAUCCGAAACGGUGCUGUCAUCUGACGCUGAACCAACGCCGGACGAUGACGAUAAUGACAAAAUGGAGGGCUCUUCCAAGCCGACUGAGAAACCCAAGGCUUCAGCAACAGCUGCCACGGCGGACAAAUCAUUGGCAGCGCAUCAGAGUGACUCUGAACUUUCCGUGCUAGAAGACGACCCACCCAAAAAGUCGAACAAGAGGACAACGGAAAAGAAGAAAGAAAAGACAACAGGAAGUUCAGACGACAAACACGACGCGCAGAUCAAGAAGCUCAAGAGUUUUGUUUCAGCAUGUGGUGUCAGGAAGGUGUGGUCCAAGGUGUUUGCAGAUAUCGACAAACCGACACGGCAAAUCCAAAAAUUAAAAGAGAUCUUGGCGGAGCUGGGCAUGGAGGGGCAGCCCAGUUUGGCGAAGGCGAAAGCGAUCAAACAACGACGCGAAUUGGCACAGGAACUGGAGGAUGUCCAAAACUUUGCGGCAUCUCGGGGAAUGAAAGCCAAGGCGGGUGAUAAGAAGAAAGAACAGACACAAGACACAUCUGAAGACGAGGCUGUACCAGAGAAGCGCAAGCCUAAUGCGCGACAAAGUAUCAUGGCAUUCCUCGAAGACCAAAGUAGCGAUGGCGAUGACUGA